UAGUAUUCGUCCGUGAAUUAUCGAUUAUGUUACUGUUUACAUAUCGGGUUGUCUUCGGUUUUUGUGUUUCCUAAUUUUUUUUUUAAUCCUCAUUUGCAUGAAAGGGGGGUAUCUGUAGUCAUUUGGUAUUUAAUUGGAAGUAUUUAUCUAAUGGCUAUAUAUAAUGAUUAAUUAGUGAGGGACUUUGUUAUAUGUAUGGGAUGGAAAUCGAAGAAGACUGCAGAAAUAAAACUUUUGAAAAUAUUAGGAUAUUUAAACGCUUAACCGGAGAACUAACGAAUGUAAACAGUAAUAUGGUUCAUUCACAAGACUGUAUAAAAGUUUUGGUAGGAAAGGAAAUGUUUGGUUCCGUUCUCUGAAUUCAGUUUUAAAUGAAUCUGUUGACCUUUGACGUUUUUCAUAAAAAUAGCACACAAUACAAAGUGCCGACAGGUCGUAGGGUUGCAUGUAGUGAAGUAGCAGUUUAACCAGUUAUGGAAUUCUGAAUUCCUUUACUUAAAACAUGUGGAAUAGAUAACCUUCGUAAACUGAUUUCGCGGCGAUGGAUGAACUAAUAUUCCAUGCCUCGCAGAGAUUAGAAGCCCUUCAGAUUCGACUCUUGUGCAGCGUCCAGAACUUCCGAAACAGUGUGCAGGUGUAUUCUGAACAAAUUCAAAAUGCAGUAGUGGAAGCAUUAAAUAGCCCGCGAGGACUUUAUGUGCAGGAGGGGCUACAUAACACUUGGGCCGCUGUUCUGAGAGUUGGAAACGACGUUAAAAGCGUGGCGAAUCGAGAAUACAUAUACGAUGUGUAUACCCGUGUACUUCGAAUCGUACUUUCUGAUGCAUAUGACUUGAAUGUGUACUAUAGCUGCCUAUUCUUUGUGGUUGGAGGAGCUCUUGGCUUUACUAUUGGACUAUCAUGGAGGAGGACACCACAAUCUUCUCAGAGGAUGAAGGCAAUAGGCUGCAGUUAUUAUGGGGGCAUAGAUGCUGUUCAGCUGCUUGAUGAUGUGCCUAUCCCAUCUGUAAAGAAACCUGAUGAACUUUUGAUACAAGUGAAGGCAGCUUCUGUAGAUCCUGUUGAUAUUCUUAUAUGUUCUGGCUAUGGAAGAGUGCUGCGUAGACUACUCCACAGGUAUAAUAGUAAUGUGAAACAAGAAUUUCCAAUAGUAUUGGGUAGAGACUGUGCCGGCAUUGUCAUAGAAAUUGGUCAGAAGGUCAAUCACUUUGAUAUUGGUGAUGAAGUAUGGUUUUCUAUUCCAUACUGGCUCUCUGGAACUCUUGCUGAAUAUGUUGUUAUAACAGAAAACGUAAUAGCUAAAAAGCCUAAAGGAAUCAGAUUUGAAGUUGCAGCAAGUGUCCCAUAUUCAGGAAUGAUUGCAUGGAAUGCAGUUGUUUCUCAGGCUCAUCUGAAUUCCGUAGCUGCUAGUGGGAAAAGAAUAUUAGUCCAUACUGGAUGUACAGCUGUUGGAGUGAUAAUACUGCAGCUUGCACGUCUGUGGGGUGUUCACGUAACUGUGACUUGUCCACACAGGGCAAUACCAGUUGCGCAAGCUUUAGGUGCAGACUGUAUUGUUUCUGACCAGCAGCCAGAUGUUGAGAAGCAGCUUUCAGAACAUGAUAGGUUUGAUUUUGUCUUCAAUACAGUUGGACAUGCAGCUGAUGAACUGUGCCUAAAAUUUUGCAAAGAUGAUGGCCUUGUUAUAACAACUGUAGCAAGCCCAUUAGCUGCUGACAACUAUGGGCUCAUUUUUCGAUUGUUGUACAGCCUCUGGGUUCGCUUAAAAUGCUUUUUUAGGGUCUGUUUUGGGGCUAAUGCUUGGAGUUUAAUGGAUGAAUCUCCUGUAUCACUGAAUGAAUUAGGAAAAUUAGUAGAAGAUGGAAGUCUGCAGCCAGUUGUGGACAAAAUAUUUUCACCUCAGGAUGCAGAACUUGCCUUCCAGCAUGCUGACUCUUGUGAUGCAGUUGGAAAGACAAUAAUAAGGUUCAGAUCUCCAAAUGGCUGUACAUGUGGAGCUUAUGCACCCUAGUGAGCAGAUGAUCCUGGAUGAUGCAAGAUUGUAUUUAUCAUUUGAAAUACAUGUGUCACCAUUUGAUGAACUACAGUAUUGAUUUCACAAUAGUCAUAUAAAUGCAACUGCAUUUGCAUUAAUUUGCAGGGCAUUUAUUGUUUCAGUAUCACCAUUUACUGUUUAAUUUUGUUAAUAUGUGUAUAAUGGGCUGAUAUUAGAUGGUGUUUGUAUUGGUUUGUAGUAAUUGACAGUAUGCUGAUUUUGCAUGGUGUAUUGUAAUCUGUUACUUUUAAAUGUUACACUGAACCACACUAUGGUGCUUUGCUGUUUUCUUCCUUUAUAUUCAACUAAAAUCAUUGAACUAAAUGUUGGUGCAUUCAGUGAGAACUUUCUUCAUUCUUUGGAGUGUCUUACUCUCAGGUGGCUACUCAUUCAUUAAAAAUUCUAAGAGAGUAAAAAGUUGUUUUAUGGAGAUGUUUUUUUCAGCUAAGUCCCCAGCACUGUGAACAAAUUGACUCAAAUAUACUACUCUGGACUUUAGAAAAACAGGAUAUUUAUUUUAUUUGAAAUUGGGUUUCUUAUUUGUAUAUCACUGUAUUUCAUUUUGCAUGAAACGGGAAUAAGAGUGUGUUAAUCUUUAAGAAGACUUUAUCAAAUAAACUUUUAUUAUUUUUAUUUUAUUAUGGCUUCUUGUCGUCUUACUACAACAAGACACUGAUCGGUUUCUUUGAUUUGAAGGUGAGAAAAAAUGAAAUAAAAGAAAACAGAGCUUUCACUAUAAAUCAUUACUGUGUGACUUCACUGUAGGAUUAUUUGAGAAUUUUUUAAUGAUAUUCCAGGCUGUUAUUUAUGUUUCUGCUGUUGCUACCAACAGAAAAGGUUUUCAGUGGUCAUCUUCCAUGAACGCUUUGUGAUAGAACAGGAAAUUUUUAUUCAUAUGGCGCAAUGUUUCACAGUUAACUGUCUUUUGGACCAAAGUCAGUUUAAUUUUUGAUAUUACAUUGCAGUUAUUACUCAGCAGUUUGUAUACUUGUAGAAAUGUAAUCAGUAAGGCAAAAGAUCUACUAUGCAGUUACAUAAUGUUACAACAACAAAUCUUUGAGAUAUUUGGAACUAGCAGAGACCUGCAGUGUGUGACAAUAAAGCUUUAAAAUUGUUCCAUUGUAUGAAAGCUAGCAGUUCGUAGGAGGGUAAUUAAGAAAGGAUGAUCUUACACAGUUUUAAUACUGGUAUAUAGCACUAAUAAAAUGAAUAUAGUGCCUUACAGUACAAAUAUUUUGUUAAGUGUUAAAAUACAUUGUUAAUGCAUAUAUUUUUUGAAAUAUGUAGCAAUUAUAAAUAAAUCAGAGAUG